GGGCGGGGAGGCUGGGACGCCCGGGCUCCGGGUUCCCGGUUCCCGCCUGGCUGCCAAGGUGCUGGUGCGGGUCGGGGUCGAGCUCGAGCCCCAGGUACAGACGCCUCCCAGGAGGGAUCCGCCGAGGGUGCGGGGCGCCGGGGCUCUCCCAGGGCUGGCCCCCCCAGCUCUCCGGGCAGGCGCGGAGUGGAUCGCAUUCCGCCACCCAUCCCGACCGCGGUGGGGACCUCCUGAGAAAAGAGGAGCUGCGGCGAGGCGACUGCAACGCACUCACGGGAACUAAGAAGUCAUUUCAACCUCAGAGCUUCUAAAACUACAGUCGUGGAGCCUGGCUGGAAGCAAUAGAAAGGGAAGGAGCUGGACCAUCUUUCAUUUACUCUCAUUUAAGAGGAAUUUGAAAGAGAAUAAAAUGGCAGAGCUUUAAGGUUAAUAUUCAGGAUGAAUCAUGAUAAUUCAGAUAAGACAGAAGAUGGAUCACAUUACGUAUUUAUCUGUGAUAAAAACUCGAAUCCAUCUGAAUACUACCAAACAUCACCAUCUGCCCAGCGCCCUUCAGUGAGUCCUGGGGAUUGGAACUCUGCCAACCUGAAUGACAUGGUGGUCGACUAUGAAAUGGAACCUGCUGGGGACAGUAGUGAAAGGGUCUCCUUAAGCCAUCAGUGUGUUGAAGCACUUGAUUAUCCAGAGCUUUCAAGUGAUUUCAUGGGGAAGCAUGAGUUUGCAAUGUACAGUGAGCAUAACUGCCAGUCUCCUGCACUUGUGAACACAAGGAAGCUCCCAGACCCACACAGUAACUUUGAUUCCCUAGAGGCAACCCAGGAUGAGAAGUUUGAUCCUUCUAAGCCCUGUGUGUGUGAGUCUGACGAUGAUUAUGCUUGCGGAGACGCCCCUGAAACUUUGGAGCUAAAACAAACAUAUGGCAUGAAAGUGGACACAGUUAACUGCAACUUUAUAGCACACCAUGCUGUUGAACAGGGUCAGCCUUUACACGAUCCUGGAGGUCUGCAGCCAACAGUGAGAGACAGAAAUGCAUUGUCCUGCUCUGAUCGGACACCACCCCAUUCCUCUAAGAUGUGUGUGAGAGGGAUUAAUUAUGAUAGAGAGAACUUUGAAAGUCUUCAAGCCACACCAUCAAAGAGCCUAAACACAACUUAUAAAGUGAUUUCUGAUGUGCUGAUGCAAACUGACAGUCCAGACCUUGGAAUUCAGUGCCAGAAUUCUUUAGGAAAUGUCACCAAAGAGUACACAGAUGGGACAGGGCAAGGACUCGUUGGAGAAAAAGAGAUACAAGCUGUGACACUGGUUUCUGAUGGCAUGGAAGUCCCCAAUGGGUCUGUAUUACAGGAGUUCUAUUGUGUAUCUGAAGAUGACCCAAACAGUGAGACACAUUCACACGGCUUGUAUGCUCAACAGGAAAUGGGCCAAAAUCUAAGAGGAACACUGUCCGGCUGUCAUGUUGAUGGUGAAUGCCCAGUACUGUUGCCAGCUUUUGGUAAGAGUAAAACCAGAGUCCUGGGCUCUGAGUGUAAAGUCACUGUGACUGAAGACCCUCACGUCGAUUCCCAGGACAAUGACUCAGACAUCCAAAGUAGUACUGAAGGGCUGACCCUGGGAAGUGUUCCAGAGCUGAGGGUUUCAUCCUGUGAAAUGGGUUGGGACGAGAAUAGCGAAGCCAUUAGCACAGAUAGUGCUGCUUGCAUGUCAACACCUGUUAAGCGACACCCUAAUAGCAUCACACUUUCACCUGUUGAAGUGAGGAAGAAGUACAAUAAUGUGGAGAAUGGACCAAGAGAUGCUAAAAGGGCACCAGGCUUGAAAGGGGAACCAACAAAUAUGCCAAAACCUAACCUGGGAAAAUCAGCUACCAAAACGAAUACCACAGUAGGCAGUAAAGUUAGGAAGACAGAAAUUAUAAGUUAUCCCAGACCAAACUUCAAAAAUAUUAAAGCCAAAGUUAUAUCCAGAUCAGCGUUGCAACCCAAAGACACUUCCCUCCUGAAGGACACGGCCAACCCUCAGGCUCCAGGGGGCUCCUCGCCCUCACCAGUGCCUUCUAAACAGUUGACAAUUGUGAACAAAACGCCAAGAUCGGACUAUAAAGCCGACAGAAAAGGAGAGAUCCCAAUUAACAAGACACACAAGCAACAGUUUAAUAAACUCAUCACCAGCCAGGCUGCGCAAGUUACAACUCAUUCUAAAAAUGCUUCGCUCAGGGUUCCAAGAACAACAUCUGCCACGAAAUCAAAUCAAGAGGAUGUUGACAAGACUGGUUCUCCUCAUGCAGGGAGUGAGACCGGGUCUGUGGCUGCCUUCUUCCAGAAGAUCAAAGGCAUUCUCCCCGUUAAAAUGAAGAGCUCUGAGUGUUUGGAAGUGGCUUAUGUUUCCCACAUCGAUCAGAUUAGCCCUGAAAAGGGUGAGCAGGACCGUGAGGCUCCGAUGGAAAAGCAAGAGCUGGGGAAGCAAGCCAUGAAUGAGACUUUUGAAUCCAAGUCUCUGUUUGUGGGUUCUGCACUCAAAACUUCCACCACCCCAGGAAAGAGCAGUUCCAAGCCAGACUCCCGCAGCCUGAGGAAAACGCCAGGUCUGAAAACCAAAGUGGGGCCUACUGCUUCCUGCCUGAGGAGGAAGAGCGACAGCAGAACCCUAGGCUCUGACAGGGCCUUAUCGCCUCAGAGGAUCAGGCGUGUGUCCGGCUCUGGAAAACCUCCGUGCUUGAAAGUGGCACAGCCUUCUUGGGUGAAUUUGCCUAGACCACUUCCUAUAUCCGAAGCAUCCUUGAUGUGCAGGGCAGGAAGCACCCGGUCAGUGGCCAGCACCCACAGUGAGCUGAGCACCUACAGCAGUGACUGUGGUAAUGCUGCCAUCAACAAGUAUGAAGAGAAACCUCCCAAACAAACAUUUCAAAAUGGGUCAGGACCCUUAUAUCUGAAGCCUUUGGUACCCAGAGCUCAUACACACUUGCUCAAAACUUCUCCAAAAGGUCCUUCAAGGAAGAGUCUGUUUACAGCUUUUAAUUCAGUUGAGAAGGGCAGGCAGAAGACUCCCAGAAGCCUGUGCAUCCAGACCCAGACAGCUCCAGAUGUGCUGGCCUCCGAGAGAACGCUUGAGUUGGCUCAAUACAAAACAAAAUGUGAAAACCAAAGUAGAUUUAUCCUGCACCUCAAACAGCUUCUUUCCUGUGGGAACACCAAGUUUGAAGCACUAACAGUUGUGAUCCAGCAUCUCCUGUCUGAGCGGGAGGAAGCGCUGAAGCAACACAAAACCCUCUCUCAAGAACUUGUCAGCCUCCGGGGAGAGCUAGUCGCUGCUUCAAGCACCUGUGAGAAGCUAGAAAAGGCCAGGAAUGACUUACAGACAGCGUAUGAAGGAUUUGUCCAGAAACUAAACCAGCAACAUCAGACAGACCGGAAGGAACUGGAGAACCGGCUGAAGGAGUUGUACACCGCAGAGUGCGAGAAGCUUCAGAGCAUUUACAUUGAAGAGGCGGAAAAAUAUAAAACGCAACUGCAAGAACAGUUUGACAACUUAAAUGCCGCCCAUGAAACCACUAAGCUGGAGAUGGAAGCUAGCCACUCGGAGAAAGUAGAAUUACUGAAGAAGACCUAUGACUCCUCCCUCUCAGAAAUCAAGAAAAGCCAUGAAAUGGAAAAGAAGUCACUGGAGAAUCUGCUUAAUGAGAAACAGGAAUCACUGGAGAAACAAAUCAAUGAUCUGAAAAGUGAAAACGAUGCUUUAAACGAAAGGUUGAAAUCAGAGGAACAAAAGCAACUGUCAAGAGAGAAAGCAAAUUCAAAAAACCCUCAGGUCAUGUAUCUGGAGCAAGAAUUAGAAAGCCUGAAAGCUGUGUUGGAGAUCAAGAAUGAGAAGCUGCACCAGCAGGACAUGAAGCUAAUGAAGAUGGAAAAGCUGGUGGACAACAACACGGCAUUGGUUGACAAGCUGAAGCGAUUUCAGCAGGAAAACGAGGAGUUAAAAGCUCGCAUGGAUAAACACAUGGCAAUUUCAAGGCAACUUUCCACAGAGCAGGCAGCACUGCAGGAGUCCCUUGAGAAGGAGUCAAAGGUCAACAAGAGACUAUCCAUGGAGAACGAGGAACUUCUGUGGAAGCUGCACAACGGAGACCUGUGCAGCCCGAAGAGAUCCCCCACCUCCUCUGCCAUCCCUUUCCAGUCCCCCAGGAAUUCUGGUUCCUUCUCCAGCCCCAGCAUCUCACCCAGAUGACAGUUUCUGAACACAGGAGACUCUCUGAAGGCACUGAGGUUCGCUUCUGCAGGACUGACCGUCUUGUGGGAACUCGAGUUACAUUAGCUUUCGGGUAUGUCCACAGCAUAACCAGAGAGCAGCCACGAACCGUGUCAGCUACGUACGGAUUGAGAGCUCCAGAGGAAGACUUUUAACUUGGUCCAAAAGCCUCCUCCAAAAACAGAUUUCGGAACUGAAGUGGACAUAGUUGCACAAAGCACUUAAGGAACGAGGGAACCUUGUUCUUUGCCUUCCUUCACCUAAGCAUACGGGGAAAACUCUCAGGGGCCUAUUAAGAUAAAGAUUUAUAACCUUUAUAAUGUUCUUCACCAGAGACACCUUCUUGUGAUUUUUAUUUUGGUCUGACUGUGGGCAGGGGUCGUGUGUGAGUGAAAUGGGUGUACUGGCGUGUCACGUGACUGUCCCCUCGCUCCCCCCCCACGCUGUGUAUUAAAAGCCAAUAGCUGUAUGUAGCUGGGCCUGUAUUAAUCAAGUCAUAAUCAGCACACACAUGUCAACAAAAGCCAUAGAAGAGAAAGCAAUAGUGCUUGAGUUUCUACCAACUUGUCUCAGCACCAUGGCACGGAGGACUAGGGUCAGACAGGAAGAAAGCCUUUGGGUUGUUGAUGACUGUGCAUUUUUCUGUUAUUCGUUCUUCCAUGUUCAGCAUUAUCCGUUGAUACCAGUUUGAUUUUUUUUUUCUGUAGACUUUUAUGAGCCUAAUUGCGAUACUUUUGAUUCAUUUUCUCAGGCUAUGAGCAAAAUGUAGUACCCUAAUUUUUCUAAACACAAAUCUGUAUAAAGAGUAAGGGGGCAGUUACCAAUGGAUGGUUCUGCUUAUUUUCCCUAAGCUAGCUUGGAUCGCAGGGGUAAUCUUCCGUCUUCUCUCCUGUUAUUCUAACCUCCGCCUUUCCUUUGUUGUCCAUGUAGAGCCACAGAGGCAAAGCUACCUCCUUCCUAAGCACAGAAUGUGCUUUUCCAGGGCCAGUUAUCUCUGAGGUGCUGAACCUAUUUCCCAAAUAAGCUAAGCUCUGGUUCUGACACUACAGAAUUUUGGACACCCCUGAGGGUAACCAGUAAAGGCAUUUAGCAUGUGCUAAUCCACACAAGCACCGAGUCAAGCCAUCAGUUCCCUGUUGAAUAGAUCUAGAGAGUCUGAGCCCUAAUGCUGACUUGGUCUCCUCUGAGUGGUCUUCCUGCCAUGGGGAUGAAACAAGCCGGCCAGGGAGUGAGAAGUACGGCUUAUUGCAACUCCUUCACACUGCAUUCAAAUUUCAGAUGUUCACUUACCAUCUCCCCAGACUCCAAGACUUUGUGAAAGUUAGAAGGAUAGCUGUGCCCCCCCUACCCGACCCAUGAGCUUCCCUGUGCAUGUCAGCACUGCAAUGUCAGUAUUUACUAACCCAUGGUCAGUGCUGGUCACAUAACCCCUCUAUCAAGGGCAGAUUCAGGACACUAGGGCUGGGUAUUUGAGUCAUCCUAGACUUCUACACUACAGAGCUAAUUGAUAGUCACGAUGCAUGCUUUUUAUUAGCGGUUGUGUUUGACAUCUCUUAUCUCCAAUAGUUUAUGAUGUAUGUAACCUUCCAUGCUUACUCCCGAUAAAUAGGAACGUAGCUUCACUGCCAACUCCUGGAGUAUAUCUGCUCCCGGUCCCAAAUUGUUCUCAAUGACCUUAGCCAAAGUCAGGUUUGUCAUUUAUGCCCUAGUGAUGGUAAAGUUCAUACCACUUAGAUGUCUGGGAAGUCAAAUCUUAUAGCAAUUAAAACGCCUAAAGAGCUUAGAAGACAAGAGAGAAGAUAGAGAGCAUUUAAGUUUUUUUUUAAAAAACAAAAAACAAAAAACAAAUGUUUCAUGUAGAAUACAAAAUUGUUGACACAUCAUUAAAAAAUAGUAGGUGUGUGAGCAACUGUAGUUAUAGCAAUGGGAAAGUGUAUUUUACUUUGAUCAAAUAAAUAAUGCUGGAGUAUUCAGUGUAAGAAUGGCAGCCUUGGACAUACUUCAGUCUUUAGAGUAUUAGGUUCUGUGCACCCCUUCUCAUCCCUCCUUAGUGAGGCAGGCAGGCCCCCUAUGCGAUUUCAUGGAACUUAGAACACAAUGCCAAAAUUUGUUGUGGCUGAAAUUGGCUCACAGAGCUUACGCUUAAGGUUAAGCUUUACAAAAUUCAAAAUAUAUGUAUCAGAGAACUAAACUUUGGCUGGCUUAAAUGAUUCUUCUGCAAGGCGUAUGGAAAUUGGAACAGCUGUAGUCUAAGUAUUUUUCAAGACAGGUCUUAGCCAAGGCUGAAUCUUCUUCAAUCUGUUCAUCUAUGUUAUGUUAAAGGCUAAACUGUUAAUAGUGUACAUGCAGUUAUUUUGAACAGAGUAAUUUAAAA